AGCGCGUUAACCCUAUCUGUCGCUCUCACUUCACUCGGUCUCUCUCACACACUUCACUCUCUCUCUCCUGUACUACUCGCUCCCCUCAUCCGGCGCAAGUGAACGCGGGCGGCGGCGCCUCCCUCGGCUGCCGCCGAGCGAGCUCCCGAGGCCGGCGCGCGCGAGCUCACGCGGCCGCCGCCUCUGCCGCGAGCGCGGCCGCUGCCUCUGCCGUGAGCGCGGCCGCGCGUCAAGCUCAGUCCGACGACGCCGAGCGACAGCUCCCGUGGCCGCCGCCUCCGCGAGCUCCCGAGGCCGCCGCACGUGAGCUCCCCGGGCUGCCGCCUCUGCCGUUCACGCGUCCGCCGCCGCCUCCGCGAGCUCCCGAGGCCGCCGCACGUGAGCUCCCCGGGCUGCCGCCUCUGCCGUUCACGCGUCCGCCGCCGCCUCCGCGAGCUCCCGAGGCCGCCGCACGUGAGCUCCCGCGGCUGCCGCCUCUGCCACCGCCGCGCGCAAGCUCACGCCGCUGCCCCACGCUAGCCGCCGCUCGUAGCUCUUCAGCCAUGGCCGGCCACGACGACGACAUGUUUGAUUUUUUCUCCCAAUCACAAGCACAUCACGAAGCCGCCUCCGUUGACGCCGACGAGUACAGAUUUAGCCAAGCUUCCUCAGGCCAUGGCGGAUCUGGUGCAGGCUACCAUUUUCCAGGGAGGGGAUCGGCGGGCCUGGAUCUGAACUCCCAAGUAGAAGACUUCCCCGAUUUCGGCUCCUACCAGCAGAUCCUGCAAGAAGAUGGUGGAGGAAUACCUCCACUCUUCCAAGCCACCAGAUCCGACGUCGCCCCGUCGCGCCGUCCAGUACCUGGUUCCAGGGGCGGCAGAAGAGGUGGCAGAAGCCGAGGUCGAGGCCGCGGAAGGGAUGGCACCAUUGGUGCCGCCGCCGGCAAUCGGAUGAGGGGAUUCGUUCCCAUGGUGAGGGUGUUGUGGGCUGUGGGAGCUCCAUGUCCCACGGUGCGGGUGUCAUCGGCCGUGGGAGCUCCAUGUCCCACGGUGCGGGUGUCAUCGGCCGUGGGAGCUCCAUGUCACACAGUGCUACGGGGUAUGGGGGCUUCGGUGGAGGAGGAUGGGAUGCUGGGACGUCCUCUACCCCAACCGAAGCUGCCGAAGAGGAGGACUACAACGUUGAGGACGAUGAUGAAGACGACAACGAUGGUCAGCACACGGAUAAAAUUCCUUAUGACAAGGCUUGUUGGACAGAAGAAAAUACUUUUAUGUUGUGUGUAGUAGCCUGUGAGGAAAUAAGGAAUGGAAAUUGUCCCCAAGGAGGAUGGACAACUAGGGGAUACAAGAACUUGAAGGAAAAAUUCUUCCUAAGAGCUAAAAUGAAGCAUUCAACAAAACAAUUGAAGAACAGAUUUCUUCAACUAAAGAAUAUAUAUCUUGCUUGGGUAUGGCUGAAUAAACAGACUGGAUGUGGUAGAGGACCAAAUAAUGAAGUUACUAAUGCAGAUGAUGCUUGGUGGAGAAGAAAAGUGAAGGAGAAGCCGUGGGCCAAGAAAUUUAGAUUUGGCAAUCCUGAGUACUUAGACAUGCUCAUAGAGAUGUACCAAGGUGUAGCAGUAGAUGGAUCCUCUGCCUAUAUCCGUGGACAUGAAGAAGAGGAAGAGGGAGAUGAUGCAACACUUGAGGGUCUAGCUAUAGGGGCUGAGGGAGUAAGGGGGGCAGCAGUACAGGAAGGAGGUGAGGAUGGUUUUGGGAACAGCCCCAUGAGCACAAGCAGCAGAAAAAGGGGGAGCAACACUUGUGAUCAGUCCACAGCAUCAAGUCCUGGAAAGAAAAGCAAGAGUCCAGUGGUUAAGCUUAUGAGGGGGUUGUUACACACUUUCAGCAGUGACAAUGAAAAGGCAAAUCAGCUGAUGAGUGAGCUUGUGAAUGCAGAGAAGCAAAAGGAGAACGUCACAGAGAAGCAAAAGGAGAUUCUCAAGCAAGAAUUGCUGCAUUGUCAAAGGUUGGUUGUCGAGUGUGGGGCAGCAGAGGACAGUGCGGAGUACUUCUGUGCAACACAGUUGUUUAGGGAUGAAAACAACAGAAUGAUGUUUCAAAACAUUAGCAGCCCUGAGGCUAGGUUGAUGUGGUUGAAGAGGUGGUGUCGGUAGAAGAAGUUGUACUAGGCAGCACUUGACAUGUGGCCCUUUUGUUCCACUUAAGUUGCAUUUAGCUUGCAUUUAGGCAGUGAACUUGCAUUUAAAUUAUUGUGUAAUAGACCUCUGUGUGCUAAUGCUUGUAAUGAACUUGUGUUGAUCCCUAUGCUGACCAUGUGCUUAAA